UGCUCGUCCCGGAAGUGAAAGAGGAGGACUGAUGUGUGUCUGGAGUGCAGGAAUCUGUCGGUAACGGUUGUGUUCAGCGGCGGUUUUCUGCUUCACAAAAUGGACACGUUGAACAAACUGAAGCAGUUUGACGCUUAUCCAAAAACUCUGGAGGAUUUCCGAGUGAAGACCUGGGGAGGAGCGACCGUGACCAUCAUCAGCGGCGUCAUCAUGUUGAUCCUGUUCGUCUCGGAGCUGCAGUACUACCUCACUAAAGAGGUUCAUCCUGAGCUCUACGUCGACACGUCACGAGGAGACAAGCUCAAAAUCAACAUCGACGUCAUUUUCCCUCACAUGCCCUGCGCCUACCUCAGUAUAGAUGCAAUGGAUGUGGCCGGAGAGCAGCAGCUGGACGUUGAACACAACCUGUUCAAACAGCGUCUGGAUAAAGACCUGAAGCCCGUCACCCUUGAGGCAGAGAAACACGAACUUGGUAAAGCUGACGAUGGUGAAGUGUUUGACCCCACCACACUGGACCCAAACAGAUGUGAGAGCUGCUACGGAGCUGAGACUGAGGACCUGAAGUGCUGUAACACCUGUGAUGACGUGCGGGAGGCGUACCGGCGGCGAGGCUGGGCGUUUAAAAGCGCCGACACCAUCGAGCAGUGUAAGAGAGAGGGCUUCACUCAGAAGAUGCAGGAACAGAAGAACGAGGGCUGCCAGGUGUACGGCUUCCUGGAGGUCAACAAGGUGGCAGGAAACUUCCACUUUGCUCCAGGGAAAAGUUUCCAGCAGUCUCAUGUCCACGUGCACGCUGUGGAAAUUCACGACCUGCAGAGCUUCGGCCUCGACAAUAUAAACAUGACUCACCUGAUCAAACACCUGUCGUUUGGUAAAGAUUACCCCGGCAUCGUCAACCCUCUGGACGGGACGGACGUCACGGCGCCACAAGCGUCCAUGAUGUAUCAGUACUUUGUGAAAAUCGUUCCUACGAUCUAUGUGAAAACGGACGGAGAGGUGGUGAAAACAAACCAGUUCUCUGUCACCAGACAUGAGAAAGUGGCCAACGGGCUGAUUGGAGACCAGGGUCUGCCGGGAGUCUUUGUUCUGUACGAGCUGUCGCCCAUGAUGGUGAAGUUCACAGAGAAACACAGAUCAUUCACUCACUUCCUGACAGGAGUCUGUGCCAUCAUUGGAGGAGUGUUUACAGUGGCCGGUCUCAUCGACUCUCUCAUCUACCACUCUGCUCGAGUGAUCCAGAAGAAGAUAGAGCUGGGUAAAGCGUCCUAACAGCGCCCCCCACUGUCCUCCACGGUGCAACACAGACCAAGACACGACAGAGACAGCGAGAAGAAGAAGAAGAGGAGGAGAAGGAGGAGGAGGAGGAGGGGCAGACAUCUCUCUCCUCUCUCAGUUUCCUCUCUUUCUCUUCCUCUGGAGAAACAUGGAGACGAUCCUGAUCCUCUGAAGAGACAGAGAUACAGUCAGAGACAGACGUCCACUCAGAGACGCACCCGCUUCUUCCUGGGAACUUCCUGUCCUCCAUCUUGUUUACGUCCUGGUCACUACACUCUGACGGUCUGUUAGACCUGAACCCAAAAUCAGGACCAGAGACCAGCAGAACCUGUACAGGAGCACAGCACCAAGACCUCCAGGUCCAGGUUUCCUAUCAGACACUGUUCAUUUUGUAAUCUCAACACACACACACACACACACACACACACACACACACACACAUAUACACACACAUACACAUAUAUAUGUUUAUAUACAUAAGUGUGUGUGUGUGAGUGUGUGUGUGAUCACCUGAUUGUUGUGGGUUAGGGUUAGUAAAAUUUUAAAAUGUUGUAAAUUCAAAAGUCUGGUGAUAUUUUUUAUUUGUAUUGUUGAUCAAAUCAAAGAAAAGACCAAACAGCACACAGACUGAUCACAGCCUCUCUCUGAGCCGUACUCCUCCACCGUCCAGGAUCUAUUACAACACAUCAGACCCACACACACACACACACACACACACACACACACACACACACACACACAUACACACA